CGCUGAGAGCCGCGUCAUUGUUGGCUGGCGUCCGCUAUUCCCGAUGUCUCGAGCGUCGCCAUUGGCCGGGCCGGGCGAGACGCUCGAGCUCACGUCUCCCCCGCCCCCCUCCUUUUUGUUAUUGUAGUGAGCGAGAGUUGAGGCUUCGCGAGCAGCAGGAUGUGCGCGCGGAGACAGAGAGGCUGAUUGACUGAUAGCGGCCGAGAUAGACGGAGACAGACGCGGUCAUUAGUCGCGGAAGAGCGGGAGGGAGACGGAGGCCAAGGGGGAGAAAACAUUCGGAACUGUGAUCCAUCUGCUGCGCUCGCCCUUAGUUGCCUGUUCUCCUGUUCAUGUGAGGAUGUCCACAAACCCCCCCAGCAGCAGCGACGCCUGCCUCAGCAUCGUCCACAGCCUGAUGUGCCAUCGGCAGGGCGGCGAAAACGAAGGCUUCGCCAAGCGUGCCAUCGAGAGCUUGGUCAAGAAGCUUAAGGAGAAGAAGGAUGAGCUGGACUCCCUGAUCACGGCCAUCACCACCAACGGCGUGCACCCCAGCAAGUGCGUCACCAUCCAGAGGACGCUGGACGGCCGGCUGCAGGUCGCUGGGCGAAAAGGCUUCCCCCACGUCAUCUACGCCCGCUUGUGGCGCUGGCCAGACCUGCACAAGAACGAACUCAAGCACGUCAAGUUCUGCCAGUUCGCCUUUGACCUCAAGUACGACAAUGUUUGCGUCAACCCCUACCAUUACGAGAGGGUGGUGUCACCUGGCAUCGUGGGCCUUAGUAUUCAGAACACAGGCCGCGUGAUCAAAGAGGAGUUUGUUCACGACUGCAUACAAAUGGAAGUCCCUCCCCGAAUGCCCUCGCAGCCUGACCACCAGGGGGCGCUAAAGUUGCAUCCACCGGAACACUACAGCCAGCCCCUCCCACCAUUGCAACUACCCCCAGAGCCACCCCAUGCACCCCCACCAGUUACCCUGUAUUCCAGCAUCCCCAUGUCCCCUCCCACUACCAGCUCCAUGUUGCCCAUGCAGGGGGGGCAUGGUGAGGGCCUUCUGCGCAUUGCCUCCCCACAGGGCCAAGGCAUGGCCCCAACUCCACCCCCCACGACACCCACGCACGGGCCCCCGCAGCCUCCGCCGGCCCAGAAUGGCUACAACGGCUCCAAACACGCACAGAACCAGGGUGCCUUUCGCACUACCUGGACGGGCAGCAGCACAGCCUCCUACACCCCCGUAGCACCCCAACAGAAUGGGCGUAGCCACCAGCAACCUCCGCUUCACCACCCCACCCACUUCUGGACACAGCAUCAAAAUUCAGCCUCCUUUCCUCCACCUGUUUCCAACCACCCAGGCCCAGAGUUUUGGUGCUCCAUCUCCUACUUUGAGAUGGAUGUGCAGGUCGGGGAGAUGUUCAAGGUUCUGGCCAGCUGCCCGGUGGUGACGGUGGACGGCUACGUGGACCCCUCUGGAGGUGACCGCUUCUGCUUGGGACAGCUGAGCAACGUGCAUCGCACUGAUGCCAGCGAGAGAGCAAGGUUGCAUAUCGGGAAGGGGGUGCAGCUGGAAUGCCGGGGGGAAGGUGACGUGUGGAUGCGCUGCCUGAGCGACCACGCCGUCUUUGUGCAGAGUUACUACCUGGACCGCGAGGCAGGGAGGGCGCCGGGCGACGCUGUGCACAAGAUCUACCCGGGGGCCUACAUCAAGGUGUUUGACCUCAGGCAGUGCCACAGGCAGAUGCACCAGCAGGCCGCCACGGCUCAGGCGGCAGCCGCGGCUCAGGCAGCGGCGGUGGCCGGGAACAUCCCCGGCCCAGGAAGCGUGGGGGGCAUCGCCCCCGCCGUCAGUCUGUCUGCGGCGGCGGGCAUCGGGGUGGACGACCUGCGGAGGCUGUGCAUCCUACGCCUGAGCUUCGUGAAGGGCUGGGGUCCGGACUACCCCCGGCAGAGCAUCAAGCACACCCCCUGCUGGGUAGAGGUGCACCUGCACCGGGCCCUGCAGCUGCUGGACGAGGUGCUGCACACCAUGCCAUUGGCUGACCCCGGCCCAGCCAACUGAGGAGCGGGACGGGGGCAGCCACACAGGUCCCCUCCGGCACAUCACACACGCCCACAGGAGACGAUCACUCAUUGAGCAGAUCAUAAUGAGGUUCGGUAACCGACCGGCGUUACACAGGAAAUAGCCCCCCACCACCUUUGUCCUAGGAUCAACAUGGCAGCCUGCAUCCACGGCGUGUUCGGAUGCUCAAUAAAAAAAACACCACAGUCCUCCUUUAACACCACUACAUUUGGAGGCUGUGAGAUAAAACUCUUAAUCCAUGGGACUGAUGCUCAGUGAUGCUCCCAAAUCUUCAUCUGCUCCCUGUUCAUAAGAAUCUCGACAACCAAAACCAAGGGAUGGGUUACAGCACCAAAUUCAUACCAACUAACCAUGUCAGCACUUCCGGCUGAGCCGUCGAACCGCUUCGCGUUUUGCUAUUAUUGCUUUGCGUGUUAAACGUCACUUUUAUCGAAACUAGCUUUAUUUCCUGGGAUUCUUCUCUUCUUUCUCGAGCUAACGUUUUCUUCCUCUUACAAAAUGCACCAAAACUUACCAAAAGUGAAAGCCAAAAAAAAAAGUUAGUGAUAUAGGUAUUAGUGAUUGUACUUUACGGUUUUUAACUGCUUGCCAAAACAGCGUAACUCACCAAAGUCAUGAUACAGUACCUCAGACCAAGUUAAAACCGCUGCUUCUUAAUCCAAAAACUACAGAUGAAUGGUGUAUAAAUCGUCUCUUGUCCCUGGUCUGUUAAUCCUUUGGUCUUCUUUGAAGAAAGCCUGGUCUCUUGCACACUUUUUCAGUGUGUUACCUCUUGAGUUCCUCCAGUGGGAAUUCGGUAGAAAUUCGGAUGCAUAAAUCAGUAAAUUUCAUUUUAUAUGCCCCUGCGCAGGGAUGACUGCUUAAAGGAAAAAAGUGUAUAUGUACAGUGCAAAUAGUGGUUAAACUUCGCUUAUACAUGAAUGUGAGAGCUAACUGUUGGUCCAGAGUUAGUUUGUUCAGAUCUGUUUUCCGUGCCUGGCUAAGAAGGAGGUGUAACGCCCGCGUUGCGUUGCAGCUCUUGCCGAUCUCGUCGUUAAAACGAAUGGUUCCGAUUUCAAAGCCGGUUUGGGUCUACGGGUCCUGUUACCGGUCUGGCGGGCACAUGAAACCAAUAUGAGCAACAGCGCAAUAAUAUUCGAGCGGACCCCCCCGCCCCAGAGGAAGAUCAGCACCGCGAUUUCAUUCUGAGUCACGCGGUAGGUCUGUGUCCGCGAACCGCAAGCCGUCGGUCGGGUUGCGCGGUUGUGUCGUUGCUAAACGCCAGCUAGCACGGGUCGCCCGAGUGGAUGCGGUCUCAGGUGAGAGACGAUCAGUGAAUCUUAAUCCAAGAAAUGGGAGACUUGUGUGGUCACCAUCAGCUUCGAAUUGUCAGAUUUUUUUUUUUCUUCUCCAAAUCUGUAAUGGGUUCGUGCCUUUUACCGUGAAGUACAAAUUUCAUUAUUUUGAACCCCUCACUACAUUAGGAAUUGUAUACCGUCUGAUCCCUGUUUUUAAAUGUAUUGCACUGACUAUUUUGUGGAAGCAACCUACAGACUGUAUAGUUAGUAAAUGGGAAAUGUACAGGAAAAAGUUUUAUGUAUGUGCAAACAAUUUGCCGAAUAGGCUCAUGCAGUAAUGGACUACAGUACCAGUAUGUGUAGUAAGAUUAACAGCUUGUGAAUCUUUAAAGUGCGAUAUGCAGCCACAGAUUCUAUAUAUUUUGAGUAUUUUGUUUUUAUUCAGUAUUACAAUAGACUCUGGUAAAACAUAAACACUAUGUUACAUUGCUAACAGCUUGUGCAGACAUGCAUACUAAAAUGUAUGUUUAAAUUUUUUUUUAUACAUUUUUAUUUUUAAUAGUGGCUUAGGUGUGGUUGGUACUGAGAUACUGAUUAUGUGCAUUUAAUUACUGUGGUAAAAUGUGCCCCGAAACAUUGUAAAGAAAAAAUGAUGCGAUAACUCUACACCAUAGUAUGCAGUUGUGUGUUAUAUUAAAGAGUUUUAUUUAUUGUGAAUAACUGUUUGCCUCAGUAGGGUACCAUCAGUUCCCAUAUGAAUUUGAUGCUGUCAUGCUAUGGUAGCUAAUCUGAAAUGUAUUUUUUUAUUAUAGUAUCUGGUUUUAAAAUUUACAAUAAGAGUAUUAUUUCAUUGAAAUGCUUUGCGAUAUAUAAGUGAGACUCGCUCAUCUUUGAAGUUACAUUUAUGGCUUGUCUGCCUAAGCCUGUUUCGGUUACUUUAAAAAAAUAUAUAACAAUCUAUAAUCAAGUGUGAAUCAAUUCAAUUUGGCUUUAAUAUUUUUUUUGUUAUUGUUAUAGUUAAAUAUUGUAAAAAUGCUGCUCUUAGUGUUUACUGUACACCAAAGUCAAUUAAAAGUACUAGGAAAAAC